AUGGUGGCCUUAUUACUUCUCCAACUAACAGUAGUGUCCGCCAAUUUUGCGUUUCUUUUUGACUCAGACUAUGACUACUACCUUUUUGUGGUGGAGUGGAAGCCUAGUCAAUGCUACUCAAGGAAAUGCCCUGUUGAUUACCUCAAUAGCAACUUCAAUAUACAUGGACUCUGGCCUGAGAGAUGGUCAGGAACUUACCCAGAAAGCUGUGGAAGUGAUUAUUCAUUUGAAAUCUCUGAAGAGACCUCAGAAUCCUUAAUGUCUUAUUGGCUCUCAUACAAUGGAGACCAAAAGGUGUUUUGGGAGCAUGAAUGGACAAAGCAUGGAACCUGUGUUACCCCAGCAAUUACUUGCAAUACCUAUUUUGAAUUGGGAGUGCAGAUGUACGAGGACUUGAAAAUUCUUGAAACCUUACAAAGCAAAGGGGUUAUCCCAAGUAAUGCAGUUGAGGUAAAUAGAACUGCUGUCCAGACUGCAUUUAGCAAUACAAUUGAUCUUUUAUGCUUAACAUACAGUAAGAAGCAAUAUCUCUCAACGCUUAGGUUUUGCUAUGAUAAGGAUUUCAAAAAAAUAGACUGCAAAGGAUCUAACAGCUGUAAGGCAACUUUUUGGUUCCCUCUUGCUGAGCAAGCCAACUUAAUAAACUCGGUCUUCUCUGAGUAG